UUUUUCCAAUUAAUACUUUAUAUUUAUGCACCUUCAAAAUGUCACACACACACUCUCUCUCUUCUCCUCUCUCUCUCUCUCUAGGAAACUUCGAGGAAGCUCACUCCCAUGGCUUCAAUCCUGCAGCAUUUAACCCUCGCUUCUUCCUCUCUGUUUCCUCUCAAACCCCAAUCUCCCUUCUCUUUUUCUCUGCCUUUCUUCUUCCUUCUCUCUCUAAUUGUUAGGGUUGAGUUUUCAUUUUCUCCGCAAUUUCCGCCAUGAAGCUAACCAAAAUCAUCCCCGGAAAGCUACUGAAGUCGAAGAAAUCCCGAUCCGUUACCAGAUCCGAGGCGGAGACGUCGUCCUUCAGCUCCCAAACGACGUCGUCCUCCUCCGCCUCCUCGUCGGAGGACGUCUUCAAAAAGCCGAACGGCCUGUCAACUCCGACCAGCGUUCUCCCCACCGCGUCGUCGGCCGAAAUAUCGACGGAGGAGUGGUCGGAAAUCUCCGCCGACGUCUACUUCGAUCUGAAGCAGGCGUUCGAGAUGAUCGACAGAGACGGCGACGGGAAGGUAACCAAGGCGGAGCUGGAGGAUCUGCUGUGCGGCCUCGGCGCGGAUCCGCCGAGCCGGGAGGAGCUCCGCCUGAUGCUCAGCGAGGUCGACAGGGACGGCGACGGAUGCAUCACGCUGGAGGAGUUCCACUCGAUCGGCUCGGCUUUCGCGCCGCCGACUUGCGACACGGAGAUGAGAGAGACGUUCGACUUCUUCGACUCCGAUCGCGACGGGAAGAUCACGGCGGAGGAGCUCUUCGGCGUGUUCAGAACGAUCGGCGACGCCAAGUGCACGUUAGAGGAUUGCAGGCGCAUGAUAAGAGGCGUUGACAGAAACGGAGACGGAUUCGUCUGCUUCGAGGACUUCAGUCUUAUGAUGGACCAUCACCAACAAAGAUAGAUUAUGGUUUCCUUCUUUUCUUAUUAUUAUUAUUCAGAGAAAUAAAUAAGAAAGGAAUUAAACCUUCGUAAUUUUUUUUCCCGUGC